AGAAAUCCCGCUGUGCCUUUGUACUCUGAAUGAAACCUCCCGUGGCGACGCAACCCAUCAUGUUAAGUGUAUGAUUGCACAUCUCAGCGUGCGUACGCUGGCAGUCCAUAAGCAGAAAGGUCUGUGGAAGUUGUGACAUCCAGUCACCACCUUAUCCAUGCAGUAGCGCUUCUGGGUCAUUGGUCUCCUUGCGCACUAAACCUUUUUGUAUCAGAAAAGCUGAUUGGUUGGUUUGUGGAAGUUAUGAUAUCCAGUCAUUACCUUAUCCAUGCUGUAACACUUCUGAUCAUUGGUGUCCUGGUUCACAAGCAGUUUGAAUCAGAGAAGCUGAUAGGUUACGGCAGACUAUCAGCAGGAAGUGAUACUCCUGAAGGAAAAGAAGACUUAUUUUCAAGAGAACCGCUUCCAUCAGAUAAUUUUGAGAAAGGGGCGACAGCGGGACAUGGGCGUGAAGAAAUUUGGAGCUCAGUGUGGUGUGGUGGAAGGAAUGUUAGUGACAGAAUAUGCCUCUUUCACAGUCUGUGUUACCAGCCAAAUGCGGAUCAAUUCGUGUUUUUCAUUGGCCAAGAUAGCAUUGUAGAGAACCUGCCAGAAUUGGAUAUUCAUUCCGCUGUACUGGAACUGUCCUCUGUGGCAAAUCAUAAUGCCCAUUACUUCACUUUCAUUACCUUGGCGACCAGCGCGUCUGCCUGGUUUGACACUGUAUGGAUUUCAGCUCUCAGUCUGGGUCUGAAUAGGUUCAAACCUGACAAUUUGAUGCAUGUGUUGCAUGAUGACAUUUUACCUUUGCACCACACUUUGGGUUUAAUCUCUAACCCUGUGAGAAAAACAGGUAAAUUUGAAGUUCAGAUGGUUUUUCUGGAGGGAUGGGCACCAGGUGAAUAUGCAGAUCUGUAUUCUGCGUUUUCAUCACUCAGACCAUUGUUUCGGGAAAACUUGCGUCGUUCCUCAAAAAUGACAUGCUUUAGAAACAUUUAUCUUGGGCUUUCCAAAGCAACAGUUUGGUAUCAGUAUGGGUUCACAGAACCCCAAGGUCCACUUCUAGAUCGCAGAGUGACUUCCCGGGAGAUUCGUGCGGCUGCUCGCUAUAUUCGCACUCACAAGGGUGGGCGCCUCGCCGAAAAAUUGCAGACGCUGCAUUAUGUGUUACUUUCCCGCAAGGAGAACCGUUUGAUUCUUAAUGAAGCACAGUUGAGCCAGAACAUAGCCAGAGAAUUCAAUGUCAAGGUCAUUCAUGUAAGCAGCGAGACGUAUACUCUAAGUGAGAUGAUAGCGCUCGUUUCCAUAGCAGAAGGAAUUGUGGGAAUGCAUGGGGCAUUAAUGUCACUGGCUUUGUUUCUGAAGCCAGGGUCUGUGGUGAUAGAGUUAUUUCCCUUUGGAGUCAACCCGAAUCACUACACACCAUACAGAACAUUGGCUAACAUUCCUGGAAUGGAGUUGGUUUACCGACCUUGGAGGAACCAGCAUGCAGCAAAAACUGUGUCGCAUCCUGAUAGGUUGCCCGAGCUUGGGGGAAUCAGGCAUUUGUCCAAUGAGGAGCAAUCGCAGAUUUUGUCUGAGACUGAAAUUCGCCCUCACUUGUGCUGCUCCAACCCGUCAUGGCUGUUCAGAAUUUACCAGGACACAGUGGUGAAUGUGAAUGAAGUUUUAGAAUUAAUGGCUGAUGCCAGACAAGAAGCUACUGAUGCUAAUGUUACCUCUCCAGAUAAUGCAAUUAGUAUUUUCCCUUCCAUGGUGCAAGACACACAUUGUUCACAGGGGUUAUCGUCACAAGGGGAAGUAACUCUAUCAAUAUCAUGGUCAGAACCAUGGAACAUUCCAUAUCUGAAUGCAUCAAAACUCCACUAUGAAGUCCUAGUAAGUGAAGAAAACCGUGAAGAUCAUGUGAAAUAUUUAGUCAGUGGCACAAAGCUUACACUACCAUCAGUCAAUGGAGAAAGAAAUGUGUUUCUAUGGAUACGAGCUGUGGUCAAUGACACUCUUGUGGGACCUUUUGUUAAUAUGAUGGACUGCCAUACAUAGCUCUGUCUGCAGUGUCUGAAAAACAUGGUGAAUUUGUAUUCAUGGUGAAUUUGUAUUCUAUUAAGUAGACUCUUACAAGCAAGAAUGAAAGCUACGCUGAUACUGAUAUACCUAGUCCUAACUUCCAUCUUGUUCACAAUCUGUUUUAGAAGUUUGAUGACU